CAAAUUUCAACUACUUGUCAACGUCCGUGGACGUCGGUGCUCAGUGGUUGAAAGGGCUGGUUACAGUAAAUGGAAAGAGGGGCUCAUGGGGAUCAGUCUAUAGCUGGAAGCCUCAACACAGCCGACUCACUUUACAGCUAACAAUCUUAUCAGUUUGUGAAAUCACGUUGAUACCACGACAUCAUUAGGAUCAGAGGUGAAACCAUGAGGGUGCUGUUGGGUGUCAUCCUGUGCACCAUGGUGCUUCUACUGCCCCUAAGGAGCUGUGCUGCGGCAAUGCGACCAGACUUGACAAUCACUACAAUAAAGCAAGAUCCAUACACCAUGUCCAAAGGCUCUCAGAUGGAAGGUUACUGCAUGGACCUGCUGUCUGAACUGGCCAAGAAACUGGACUUCAAGUACAACGUGCACCUGGUGAAAGAUGGGUCCUAUGGCAGGCAGGAUGAGACUGGGGCCUGGAACGGGAUGAUCGGAGAGGUGGUGAGAAAGGAGGCAGACCUGGCGAUUGCUCCUCUGACCCUCACUGCUGCCCGGGAGAAGGUUGUGGGGAUGACCAAACCCUUCAUGCAGACAGGAAUCAGCAUUCUCCUGAGGAAAGACAUCUCAGAAGAGGCUGGCAUCUUUGACUUCCUGACCCCCUUCUCAGUAGAGACCUGGGUGGGGAUCCUCGCUGCGUACCUGGGGACUGCUGUCUCCAUCUGUGUAGUAGCCAGACUCAGCCCAUGUGAGUGGAGUCAACCCCAGACUGAGGAAAACAGCUUUACUUUCAGCCACAGUUUGUGGUACACUGCUGGAGCCCUCACUCUACAGGGUGCCGGUCCACACCCCAAAGCUUUAUCAGGACGCAUAAUAUGCUGCACCUGGUGGUUGUUUGGUCUGGUCCUCUUGGCUUGCUAUUUCUCCAACCUCAGCACAUCUCAGGGCUCAGACUCCAAUCAGCUGAUGGUGAAAGGGUUUGAGGACUUGGCCAACCAGCAAGGGAUUGAGUAUGGGACCCUGUCUGGCUCCUCCACACUUGCCUUCUUCAAGAACUCUAAUAACCCAACCUACCGCAGGAUCUACGAGCACAUGGAGAGAGCCAAGAGUUUUGUGUCAUCAAUGGAUGAGGGUGUUCGCCGGGCAAAGGAGGGCAACUUUGCCUUCAUUGGAGAGUCUGUGUCACUGGACUUGGUGGCGGCUCGUCACUGUGAGCUGGUCCGUGUCCAUGAGGUCAUCGGCAUGAGAGGGUACAGCAUCGCAGGCACCCUGGGCUCUCCCAUGCUGAAGAACCUCAGUGUGGCCAUCCUGGAGCUGAGUGAGGCAGGAGAGCUGGCUUACCUGCGCAGUAAGUGGUGGGCCAGCAGCUGCAUGGCAGACGCAGCCAAGGCCUCCCCCUUCCAGCCCCACAGCCUGAAGGGCAUGUUCCUGGUGCUUGCUCUGGGCCUGGGGCUAGGGGUGCUGCUGGCUGUCCUGGAGCUCACCACCAAGUCCCGGAGCAAUGCCAGGGAGCAGAGGAAAUCCUAUUGCACAGUGUUGUCUGAUGAACUGAGUCAGCGCUUGAGGACCACCGCCACCAACCAGAAGAGGAGCCAGGAAACCACAGACAAAGACAAAGCAUGAGUAGAAAUGAUAGUAGAUACUCCAUUAUAUAUGGCCUAACAAAGCAUUUGUCACUAUGCAGGUCUUGACAUGAGUUUUGUUCUAGAUACUUUUUUUUUUUAACCACAAAGAAACACUGUGUAUCAGAUAUGCUUGCAGACUAUUUCCAGGCUGUUAUAUGACAUGUGUUAGUUAACAGAGUAAUAAAUAGCGUACUGGAGAGGUGGAGUAAAUUAACAAUUCUACAGUAUUAUUAUGUUGAAGAUAUUUUAUUGAGAAAAAAAACAUGUAUAUCUACUGUUACAAAUAAUUUCAUGUGUAGUGAUUUAGAAAGAUUUAAGAGCGGUGCAAAAAUAGAAAUGAAACCUGAAGGUCCAAGUCAAGUCAUCUUGUAAAUUAGGAAAAAUCAUCACUUUCAAAGAGUUUACAUUUCAGUACUUUUGGUCAGCACAAAUACUGAGAGCAAUAUAUUACUGUUAUUAAUGAAAUUAUGCAGUACAUUCGUUUUAAAGUAGAUCAUACAUAUACAUAUUAUAGAUACCAAGUAUACUGAACUGUUUUUGUACAAUUGGCAGCACACAUUUCGCACAUUCGUUUCAAACCUAUAAAACCGUCUGUUCACUUACAUAACAUGUUUUGUCAUUAUAGAACUCAACACAUUUUUUUAAAAAGCAUUAUGUCAUAGAACGAUGUUGAUGUAAAAGUUACGGCAUAUCUUUCAAUAAAACCAGUCUAGUAAUGAA